AUGUACGUGACUUCUCCAAAUAAGGAUCCUACGUACUAUUCCUUGAAAUUAUUAAGGGUGUGUGGUUUACAUCCAGAUUCUCGCUCUAAACUCCUAUAUGUAUAUUUUUGUGUAAAUUAUUCAUGUUUCAUGGUUAUCUUGACCCUUGCAAUUACCGGUGUGGCGACAACUUACGACACGAACAUCUUUGAGGCAAUCGAAAAUCUCCAAACUGUGUUCCUGUACAUUCACCUUUUGGGUAAAUACCCAAACAUGUUUUUCAAGAAACAUAAACUGGCUUAUCUUCUCCAACAGCGCUCAAAAUUUUGGUCAGUGGAAAAAUUUAGUGGUGAUAUACGCAAAGAAUGCGAUGCAAUUCUCACCACUACUACAAAAUUUGUUCGCUAUUUUAUUGUCAUUACAUUUUUGGUUAUAAUGAAUUUUUUCCUGCAACCGAUUUUAACCGGUGAUCUGCCCGUCAGAUUCAAGCUACUAGCGCACAAGUUUGAAAAUUUGACAAUUGAGAACAAGGCAGGGUUUGAGAAAGAGGUUAAAAAGAUAGUAGAUCACCAAAAUUUUCUGAUGGAGUACUGCCAAGAAAUUAACCAUUAUACGAAUGCAAUUUUUCUUAACCAAGUUAUAGUUUCGACGGCCAUCAUUUGCAUGCAAUUAUUUAUAGUGUCACAGAAAGAAUUCUUGCUCCCAAAUAAACUCAAGUGUUUAGGAUACUGUCUGAUGGAGAUUGUCGAAACAGUUAUUUACUGUUUCAACGCAGAAUUGCUGUCAGAAGCUUCUGAAAAUGUUGGCAACGCUGCUUACAAUUCAAAAUGGUACGACACAAACGUUUCUGAACUACGAAAAUCCAUCGUUCUAGUUAUUUCACGUUCUCAAAAAAGAAUAGUUUUUAGCGGCUUCGGGUUAGUGUUAAUAAACUUGAAAACUUUUACACAGGAUCUCACCCACUAG